AAGACAUAAUAGAAGUCAAAUUUGAUAAUAAAGUGAUGUGCACUGUUGAGAUUUAAAGACCAGUUAAUAACAACACAAUGGCCGACAUUCGCGAUAUUCUGGAUAUCGAACAACCAGCCUCCGAGAUUACUCGCGAGAGCAUCAUCCAUGGGGAUAAGAUAAAGAAGAAGUAUGUGACCGCUAAAGCUGUGAAGAGGCCUGAGGGAAUGCACAGGGAAGUGUUCGCGUUGCUUUACAAUGACAACAAGGAGCUGCCGCCGCUAUUGCCAACUGAUACUGGUAAAGCUUACAAACAAACAAAAGCUAAGUUGGGCAUGCGAAAAGUGAGGAAAUGGACAUGGGCACCAUUCACUAACCCUGCUCGUAAGGAUAAUGCAGUGUUCCAUCACUGGAAGAGGGCUUCUGAUGAGGCUAAAGAUUAUCCUUUUGCGCAAUUCAAUAAGCAAGUAUCAAUCCCAUCAUAUUCAGAAUCAGAAUACAACCAAUAUUUGAAAUCCGAAGACUGGAGUCAAGCGGAGACAGAUCACUUGAUGGACUUGUGCCAGAGAUUUGAUCUCAGAUUCAUUGUGAUACACGACAGAUGGGACAGAGCAGCUUUCAGGGAUCGAAGUGUUGAAGACUUGAAGGAGCGCUACUAUCACAUCUCUGCUACUUUGGGCAAACUAAAGACAAAUCCCUGGUCUAAUGCUGUAACAACUGUAAAUGGUGAAAAGCGUACUUACCAUUAUGACGCUGAACAUGAGAGGAAGAGAAAGGAACAAUUGCGCAGAUUGUUUGACAGGACACAGGAGCAGAUUGAUGAAGAACAAAUGUUGAUUGUGGAGCUGAAAAAGAUAGAAGCCAGGAAGCGCGAGAGAGAACGCAAAACUCAAGAUCUUCAAAAACUUAUAUCCAGAGCUGACAGCGGAAUUGCGGCUGGGGCUAACCAGACUCUGAGUGCUGAAGCCAAUGCUCCUGCAAACACUCCUUCAAAUAUUGCCAGACGGCACGACAGGAAAUUGCAUAAGAAGAAGCUUUCGUCACAGCAAAGACCCAUUCGAACUGUGGAAGCAGUUACUGUAGAGUGGUCUGGAAUCAAGUUCCCCGAAGCGCGCGGCACCGGCGUGUGGCUCCGCUCGCAGCGCAUGAAGCUGCCCCCCGGCGUCGGCCAGCGGAAAACCAAAGCCAUAGAGCAGGAACUCAGGCUUAUGGGCAUUGAUAUAGCGCCUACUCCUACUGAGGCAAUAUGCAAACACUUCAACGAGCUCCGGUCAGAUAUAGCACUGGCUUUGGAUUUGAAGAAUGCCUUGGCAUCAUGCGAAUUUGAUUUGCAAGCCCUAAGACAUCAGUAUGAAGCACUGAAUCCAGGAAAGACUCUAACAAUUCCAGCAUCUAUUUGCAAUUCAAAUACUGACAGUGAGACCAAGCCUACAGCAGGGGAAAUUAUUGAUGUUGUGGGCUCUCCCGGCACCCCAAACACCUCUGUUUAAUUAUAACAAACAGUAUUUCUAUUCAUUAUUA